AUGGUUAGGAGAACACAGCCAUUAAACUACUUAGAAGUUUUCACUGUUGCUUUUUCCACCUUCCAGAGCAUACUUGGUGAGUGGAAGCUGGCGUGCAAGGGGCGGCUGCGCUUCUUCGACUACGCACAGGGCACCGAGCUGGAUGGUCCUGAUUCGGUGACUGACGAGCCCGAGCCAGUUGAUAUCAAGCCCAGCUCGUCUUCUAGCAGAAAUUCCAGAAAACUUCCUCAGUCCGUGCGAGAGAAGCUCCAGGUGCCAGCGGAUCUCAAUCAGAACGAAGUUCUGCAGCACCUUGUUGACCGCAUCUUCCAGCUGGCGCAGCCCCCAAAGGCAAGCACUUGUCUGUAUUCUAGACGGACCUAA